AUGGCGGAUGAAGAGGUGCACCAAGCCUUGGAGGCGGCGAUAAGAGCACAAGAGGCUCUGGAAACGGCGAGAGCAGAAGCGACCGGGACGGAACUUCGGAAGAUCAGCACGAAGACAACUGACCUUCUAGAUAACCUCAAACAGACCCUUGGCUCCAUGGCUGACAUGAAGCGAUCCGCUAAGUAUUGUGAGUCAAUCGACAAGCUUCAAUCUGAAGCAGAGCUGCCGCGCUUCGUCAUUGGCGUCCUUGGAGACACUGGGACAGGCAAGUCUUCCCUGAUCAACGCGGUCUUAGACGAGGAAAGAGUCGUGCCCACGAAUUGCAUGCGCGCAUGCACGGCUGUCAUCACCGAAAUCUCUUGGAACACCUCCAACGACGAUUCCAAGAAAUACAGAGCAGAGAUACACUUCUUGUCACAGGCAGAAUGGUCAACGGAAGUCACGGCUCUUCUUCGCGACAUCCUAGGCAACAAUGGCAACUUGUCCGAAGACAUCCGAGUCGCCGACAGCGAGGCUCAAAAUGCGUACACCGUGUUGAAGGCGGUGUACCCGACACAUACUGACCAACAGCUCGUGGAGGCCGAUCCCUACGUGCUUGCCAACUUUUCGAAGAUCCGGGAAGUGAUUGGCACCGUCCAGGUUGUCGAGGAGAAAGGCAGCAACACCUUCUACCAGAAAAUCCAGUCAUUUGUGGAUUCUGAGGAGAAAGGCAAUGGCCCAAACACGGCAAUGGCCUACUGGCCCCUGAUCAAGUCCGUUCGUGUCUUUUUGAAGUCCGAAGUCUUGUCCACAGGAGUCGUCCUGGUAGAUUUGCCCGGAGGUCGAGACGCCAACGCUGCUAGAGCAGCUGUGGCUGCGAAAUACAUCAAGGAAUGCACUCGUCUCUGGGUUGUCGCGCCUAUUACUCGAGCUGUUGAUGACAAGACAGCGAAGAACUUGAUGGGCCACAACUUUAAACAGCAGCUGAAGUACGAUGAUUCGUAUUGGAGCAUCACCUUCAUCUGUACCAAGGCGGAUGAUGUUGCUAUUGAUGAGGCGGCUGAGACACUCGGCCUCAGGGACCACAUACUAGGAGAGGAAUGCCGUGCGGAGCACAUGAAGUCCGACAGUGAAGCAUUGAAGAAGGAGGUCAAGAAGUUGGAGUCGAAAAAGGCUGAUCUCCAAGCGCAAUACCAGAUCGCCAGCAACAAUGUCGACACGUGGGAGGGUAUUCAACUUCAGGCCGCAAACGAGGGACGUGCCUUCGCUCCCUUUGAGUCGCCUAACAAGAGAAAGCGACAAGCCGCCAACGAUGCGCGGAAGAAGCUUAAAACCGACGACGAGUCCAGCGGCACCGAGGAGAUUUCAAGCGACGAGUCAGACGAGGAGGCUCCUUCGCAAGAAGAUGACAAACGGAAGCCCUUGUCUGCAGAAGAGGUGAAAGCGAAGCUUCAGGAGCUCAGGGCAGUAAAAAGGUCACUGAAAGAAGAGAAGAAGCAGACCAACAAUCGUAUCAGGGAUCUGAAAACUACCACCAAGAACCUUGCUGCUCAGCGCUUGAAAAUCAAGACGGAAAUGUACUCCAGGUGCAUCCAGGGCCGGAACGAGUACUCCAGACGCGAGAUUCAGAAAGAUUUCGCCGCAGGAAUCAAGGAACUUGAUGACGAGCUCCUUGCAGAGGGACAGGAGCAGCAAGAAGACACCGAGAGGCCUAGUUACGAGGAAAUUGGUCGCGCCCUGCCUGUAUUCUGCAUCAGCAGUCGUGCGUUUCAACAACUGCGAGGGCGUAUGAAGCGAGACAAGCGUGUCCCGGGUUUUACCUCUCUUGAGGAGACCGAGGUUCCAGCUCUUCGCAAACAUACCCUAGAGCAAGCAGCGGCCAUGCAGGACUCCUGGUUCAAGCACCAGCUGAGUGAAGUCUGCCGCUUCUUGAGAGGCAUGGAUUUGUUUCUCGCGGGCGACGAUGCCUUCCUGAAGCUGUCUGAUGCGGAGAAGAAAGAGGAGUAUGAAUUUCUGGAGAAGGGGCUGGCGAAGCUUGGAAAGGCCGUCGGAGACUCCAUCACCAAUUCCAUGGUAGAAUGCCAAGAGGCUGUCGACACUGUUCUCCAGAGAAUGCCGCAGGCAGCUGCAAAUGCCUCUGCUCGGGCGCUGGCAACGGCGAAGGGUUGGGGUGCCCAUCACAAUGCGGGUGGUCUUCGAUACAACACUUACAAGGCAACUUGCCGCCGCCGCGGUGUGUUCAGAGGUGCUGCCGGGUCUCGUGACUUCAAUGAAGACCUCCUUAGACCUAUGAAGAAUGCGACAGCCAACCUCUGGGACCGCGCUUUCAACAACCGGAUCCCAGAGAUCCUCGACUCUCUCGCUAGAGGUUCUACACUCAUGAUCCACGCCUUCCAUGGAAACAUGAGAAGCCGUCGCUUCAUGACCGAGAACACCGAGAUGGCGCACGAGAUUCUGAGCAAGCACAUCGGUGCUCUCAACGAAACCAUGGUUCUCGCCAACCAGCACCACAAGCUGCUCGCCAGAGACAAGCAGCGUAACGCCAAUCGCGGAUUUUAUCCCGCUGUUGAAGGUGCCUUGCGAGACACAUAUCUCGAGUGCGCACAAGUGAGAGGAAUUGGCGCAUUCAAUGAGAUGAAGGAGUUGAUGGAGGAGGAAGUCAAGGCGCAGCGGGCGUCGGUGUUCCAUGACGCUGCCAACAAGGCCGAUGAUGCAGUGAACAAUCUUCUGAGUGAGCUGGAAGUGGCGGUUCGCCAUGACUUACACCUCAACAUCAACACGAUGCGGCAAGACUACACCGGUCUCGUCGGUGCCGUGGCUACGGAGGCCGACAAUCGCGACAGAAAGAUGCUGAUUCCCAUCAUGAUGAGUUUCUACCAGGCCUUGCUGAUGACGCUGACGGAGCCGGACGACAACGACAAUGGCGAUGAGUAUACAGUCGACAACGACAAGCAAGGCACCGACCACGGAGAAGACAGCGAUGGAUCCUAUCACGACAGUGACUAA